AUGCUUACUGCAAACAAAAUUGAACCUGUCAGUCGAGCCAGUAAUGUUGCCCUUAACUCUGAAUCAGUGACUGAUUUCUCAAUUUCUACCAGUCAGUCAUCUGAUAGUGCUUUACUAUUGAUUAAUGGAAACAGAAACUUCAAUCCCAUCACCAAUGAUAGUCUAAAUAUAUACAGGAAUAGUUUAAAUUCUGUUUCUGCUGCUUCUGUGAUGGAGGAUGUUCAGAUUAACCAAUAUAACACUUCGUUUGUUUCUGGUUCCCAGCCUAACAUAUACCCUAUUACCUUAAACCAAAUGAGCCAUGUUAUGCCAUAUUAUUUUCCAGUGGUUGUUAAUUCAACUACUGGGUUUACUGUUUCUCCUAGUGUUUAUUCUACUGCUUUUAGAAACAUUGCUUUCAAUACCACAGAAUUUAUUUACGGUCAAAACACUGCCUUGUUUCAAUACAACAUGAACCCUAAUCGCGUUGGACCUCUUGCUUUACAGUCAUUCUCUAACAAUAUUCAAAGCCAUAAUAUUCCAUUUAUUAACAUGAAUACUAAUUCUAAUGAAAGUUUACAAGGAUUCAUUUAUGGUAUACCUAAUUCAAAUAUCUUUUCUGACCAACAGAUUUUUGGCUCUUGUCAGCAAUUCAAUAAUUUUUUUACUCCAAGUGGGGUUCAACAAAAUAAUCAGUCUAAUAAUUUUUGCUCUCACUUACUUUCAAGUAAUCAAGAAAGUGCAAACUUUUUAAAUGUGACUCAAAAUGGUGUUUUUGAUUUGGCACAAUCGGUCACAGCUAAUUCUUUAUUGACAUUUGAUGGUACUGAUGUUAGGUUUUUUUUGGAAAGUUUUGAAAAUGAAGCAACCAGAGCAAAUAUUCCAAUAAGUGAAUGGGUUAAUGAAUCAAAAAGAUGUAUCAAUUUGGAAAUUUGGAAGUGGCUUAAUCUGGAAUCCGUAGCCGAUUGGGAUGAUUUGAAGAAAAUAUUAAAAGCAAGGUAUUCUUUCCCCAAUUUUUUGGUUACAAGAUCAACCUUUUAUGAAGUAUUGGACAAGAUUCUUUCAUUUUACAAUUUGGACGAUUCAUUUUCAGCGAACGGAAAUGAUAUUGCGGAUGGGAUUUUACAAGUUAGGGUUCUUAUUAAGGCUGCUGAAAAGCGGUUUGGGUUGGCCCCUCAAGAUUACCAAAUAGUUUUUAAGAAGCUUUGUGAUUGUAUUCCUAGUUUUACAUUUAUAAUGAUUUCUGUUAUUUCAGAUCAUUCGGUGUAUCGCUGGCUUGCAGGGAAAAAAGACGUUAAUACAGAGCUCACAACAAUUCAUUUUCGAUUUCUAGAGGCUUUAAACAUAACUAUACCGGCGUUUAGGAACUAUAUUUCUCCGUCAAAAACCAAGGCGAGUUGUUCAAAUUCGGAGAAGCAAAGCAGUUUGACUUUACAGAAAUGA